CCACAUCCAGUCUGCCGCCGACUACGUAGUUGCGCAGUAUCGUUGUUGAGCGUUGUGUGUGCCACUAGAAGAGGAUAUAAACGGUAUGCCGGUGCUCGGGCUAGCCUGACUCUCUUUCUCCGGUCCUUCGUCGAACGUCGCGUCUCUUCCUCGACCCAGGGUCGUUCACCCUGCAAGUCCAGCGUGCUCGCGUUGUCCUUCAAAAAAACGAAUACAUACUCUGUUUUCCUGUUUCUCUCUCUGUGGCCUCCUUCGUCUGGCCCAUCACGUCCUGAUCGAAUUCCCAGCGAGUUGGCUGACAUUUCUUUCUACGCGGAGAAACACUCUGGUCUAGCAUUCUUUCUUCAAUCCUUCUUUUAACUAUUAAAACUGGAAAUAUAGGCAAGAGGGCAAUACAAAAUAACGAAUGGAGAGGGAUGAAGUAAUCGUGGUGUGACCUUGAACGAAUCAAGAGGAGGGCAUCUGAUAAAUUGAAAAACAAAAGAAUUUCGUCGGACAAGAAACGUUGAGCUGAUCACAAAUGGCUACGCCGCCGGAUUCGCCAGGACCGGAAGAGGCUCUGUUUGAUUUCGAAAGCACACGAACCAGGCAACAAACCACCAGACCUGUCGCCCUCGAGGAACUGCUUCGACAGACCAAAUUCUCCAGACAAGAAAUACGAGUGAUGUACCGUGGCUUCAAGCAGGAAUGUCCCGAGGGUGUAGUUCACGAGGACCUGUUCAAAGAUAUUUAUGCGAAAUUCUUUCCUCAUGGCAAUUCUAGUCUUUACGCUCAUUACGUGUUCAAGGCCUUUGAUGUUAAUUGCAAUGGUGCCAUGAAUUUUAGGGAUCUCCUGGUAAUUUUAUCGACUCUACUACGAGGCAGUAUCUACGAGAAGUUACGAUGGAUCUUCAAGCUGUACGAUAUAAAUGGCGACGGAUGCAUCACCAGGGGCGAGCUAUGGGAAGUGGUGAUUGCAGUGCAUGAGCUGAUGGGACGACGACAUCACGCCGAAGAGGAAAGGAAAGCGAGAGAGCAGUUGGAUAGGGUGUUCAAGAAGUUCGAUUUAAACCAGGAUGGCAUAAUAACGAUCGAGGAAUUUAUGGAGAGCUGUCUGAGGGAUGAUGUGACUACACGGUCGUUGGCAAAGUUCGAUUACGCGUUUUGAUCUCCGGAGAAGGAAGAGCCUCCGGUGAUGACCAAGACGACGCCGCCAACGCCGCUCUCUACCACGACCACCUUCUCGCAGUCCCAAUCGCCCUCGCCACCACCGCCGUCCUACUCUCUGCUGCCACCUAUUCCACCGCCUUUGCCUUCUCAACCACCUCCAGGUUACACCGUUCAAGAUCAGGAGCUUUAUAUGCUCCUAGCGGCGCACUGGUGGAACCAACCGGAGGCUCCGCUCUUUUGCUAAGGAUAAACCGUGAUUCCCAACUUCUACAAUAAGGAAUUCCAACUUCUGAAAAGAAAAACAGAGAAUACUGUAAAAAAAAUACAAAAAAAAAGAUAAA